AUGGACGUCUUCCUGGGCAAGGUGACCCAGCAGGCGAUGAACUACGCCAUCCGCUCGGGAGUUACCAUAACAGCAUCAUACGCCAUUCGCCAAUCAAGCAAGCUGCUCAGCAGCACGCCAAAGAGCAACGUCCGAAAUGAACUCUACCGACUCCAACAGAAACUACAGCACAAAAUCCACAUCGUGUCGCCAGCAAUCGACUUGAUUGAACUGAUCGCCGCUCGCGGAAACACGUCACUGUUCUCGGCCGUCGCGCUGGUAAAAGAGCUGCGGCUGGAGAUUCAGUCGCUCGGCCAGCGAUUGGCGAAAGCCGCGGAAGCGUCCGUGCAGGUGGCCGGGAAGACCAGGAAAUGGAGCAAGAUAAUCGACUGGUUAUUUGGUAGUGGAGAUGUCUACCAAAAAGUUUUUAUCGAACAGCAUAAUCCACUCCCAUCGUAUCCCGAAGUUGGACAUGGUGACCAGUUAUAG